ACCCCAAAACGGCGGCUCGUCGUCGGAGUUUCAUUGAGAUUGUUUGUAUAAAUGAAACUUUAUCCACCUGAAAUCUGAAUCAUCUUAAAGAACACGCCGUUUUGAGCUGGGCUAAGUGCUCUGUUUGCAGCCCCUGAAGAACCUUGUGGGGAAACCACAGAAAAGGAGCCAUGUUUCUGUACAACAUCACCCUGCAGCGCGCUACGGGCAUCACUCAUGCCAUCCAUGGAAACUUCUCAGGAACCAAGAUGCAGGAGAUUGUUGUUUCCAGGGGAAAGAUCUUGGAGUUAUUGCGGCCAGAUGCCAACACAGGAAAGGUGCACACUCUGCUCACAGUGGAGGUUUUUGGCAUCGUGAGGUCGCUGAUGGCCUUUAGACUCACCGGAGGAACCAAAGACUACAUUGUUGUUGGCAGUGACAGCGGUCGUAUCGUCAUCCUGGAAUAUCAUCCAUCUAAAAACAUGUUUGAGAAAAUCCACCAGGAAACGUUUGGGAAGAGCGGCUGCAGGCGCAUCGUCCCCGGACAGUUCCUGGCUGUCGACCCAAAAGGCAGAGCUGUCAUGAUCGGAGCGAUAGAGAAACAGAAGCUGGUUUAUAUUCUAAACAGAGAUGCAGCUGCGAGACUGACCAUCUCCUCUCCACUGGAGGCCCACAAAGCAAACACACUGGUCUACCACGUAGUCGGAGUCGACGUGGGCUUUGAAAACCCCAUGUUUGCCUGCCUGGAGAUGGACUAUGAGGAAGCUGACAACGACCCGACAGGAGAAGCUGCCGCCAACACGCAGCAGACGCUCACCUUUUAUGAGCUGGACCUCGGCUUGAAUCACGUGGUCCGCAAAUACAGCGAGGCUUUGGAAGAGCACGGGAAUUUCCUCAUCACUGUUCCCGGUGGUUCAGACGGGCCCAGCGGAGUUCUGAUCUGCUCCGAAAAUUACAUCACAUACAAGAAUUUUGGAGACCAGCCUGACAUUCGCUGUCCCAUCCCACGACGCAGGAAUGACCUGGAUGACCCGGAGCGCGGCAUGAUCUUUGUCUGCUCAGCCACCCACAAGACCAAGUCAAUGUUCUUCUUCCUGGCCCAGACGGAGCAGGGAGACAUCUUUAAGGUUACCCUGGAAACAGAUGAAGAAAUGGUCACAGAAAUCAGGCUAAAAUACUUUGACACAAUCCCUGUGGCAACUGCUAUGUGUGUCCUGAAGACUGGCUUCUUGUUUGUGUCCUCAGAGUUUGGAAACCAUUACCUUUACCAGAUCGCUCACUUGGGUGACGACGAUGAGGAGCCUGAGUUUUCCUCUGCGAUGCCGCUGGAAGAGGGAGACACCUUCUUCUUCCAGCCCCGCCCCCUCAAGAACCUGGUGCUGGUGGACGAACAGGAGAACUUAUCACCCAUCAUGUCCUGUCAGAUUGCUGAUUUGGCCAAUGAAGAUACACCACAGUUGUACGUUGCCUGUGGACGAGGACCGCGGUCCACCCUGAGGGUCCUUAGACACGGACUGGAGGUAUCCGAGAUGGCUGUGUCCGAGCUGCCCGGUAACCCCAACGCUGUGUGGACAGUACGCAGACAUGUAGAAGAUGAGUUUGACGCCUACAUCAUUGUGUCUUUCGUGAACGCUACUCUGGUUCUGUCCAUCGGGGAGACCGUAGAGGAAGUGACAGAUUCUGGAUUUCUGGGCACAACGCCUACUCUGUCCUGCUCGCUGCUCGGUGAAGACGCGCUGGUGCAGGUGUACCCAGACGGUAUUCGCCACAUCCGAGCAGACAAGCGUGUAAAUGAGUGGAAGACUCCGGGUAAAAAAACCAUUGUCCGCUGCGCUGUGAACCAGCGACAGGUUGUUAUCGCACUCACUGGAGGGGAGCUGGUCUACUUUGAGAUGGACCCGUCCGGCCAGCUGAACGAGUACACCGAGCGGAAGGAGAUGUCUGCAGACGUGGUGUGUAUGAGUCUGGCCAACGUUCCACCUGGAGAGCAGCGCUCGAGGUUCCUGGCUGUGGGACUGGUUGACAACACUGUCCGAAUCAUCUCCCUGGACCCUUCGGACUGCCUGCAGCCGCUCAGUAUGCAGGCCCUGCCAGCCCAGCCAGAGAGCCUGUGUAUCGUUGAGAUGGGAGGCGUCGAGAAACAGGAUGAACUUGGAGAAAAGGGAACCAUCGGCUUCCUUUACCUCAACAUCGGACUUCAGAACGGUGUGCUGCUGAGGACUGUGCUGGACCCGGUGACUGGUGACCUGUCAGAUACCAGAACACGCUACCUGGGAUCCCGACCUGUCAAACUCUUCCGAGUCAGGAUGCAGGGACAGGAAGCUGUGCUGGCGAUGUCCAGUCGCUCCUGGCUCAGCUACUCGUACCAGUCUCGCUUCCACCUGACCCCUCUGUCAUAUGAGACUCUGGAGUACGCCUCCGGCUUUGCCUCCGAGCAGUGCCCCGAAGGCAUAGUGGCCAUUUCCACCAACACACUGAGAAUCUUGGCUUUGGAGAAAUUAGGAGCCGUCUUUAACCAGGUGGCCUUCCCUCUGCAGUACACCCCCAGGAAAUUUGUCAUCCACCCGGAGACCAACAACCUGAUUUUGAUUGAGACUGACCACAAUGCCUACACCGAGGCAACCAAAGCUCAGAGAAAGCAACAAAUGGCGGAGGAGAUGGUGGAGGCUGCCGGGGAGGAUGAAAGAGAGCUGGCCGCUGAGAUGGCCGCUGCCUUCCUCAACGAGAAUCUCCCAGAGGCUAUUUUUGGUGCGCCUAAAGCCGGAGCAGGACAGUGGGCCUCGCUGGUGCGUCUUGUCAACCCCAUCCAGGGUCAAACACUGGACCAGGUGCAGCUGGAACAGAACGAAGCUGCGUUCAGCGUUGCAGUGUGUCGUUUCCCCAACACGGGAGAUGAUUGGUAUGUUCUGGUGGGCGUUGCCAGAGACAUGAUUCUCAACCCCAGAUCAGUGGGCGGCGGCUUUAUCUACACCUAUCGGCUCAUCAGCGGAGGGGAGAAGCUGGAGUUUGUGCACAAGACCCCGGUCGAGGACGUGCCUUUGGCCAUCGCUCCGUUCCAAGGACGAGUCCUGGUGGGAGUCGGGAAACUGCUGAGAAUCUACGACCUGGGCAAAAAGAAGCUUCUUCGCAAGUGUGAAAACAAGCACGUCCCCAACCUGGUGACUGGCAUCCAUACCAUCGGUCAGCGUGUGAUCGUGUCUGACGUUCAGGAGAGUCUGUUCUGGGUGCGCUACCGACGCAAUGAGAACCAGCUCAUCAUCUUUGCCGAUGACACGUAUCCCCGCUGGGUGACCACGGCUUGCUUGCUCGACUACGACACCAUGGCCUCUGCUGACAAGUUUGGGAACAUCAGCAUUGUGCGUCUUCCCCCCAACACCAGCGAUGAUGUGGAUGAAGACCCCACAGGAAACAAAGCUUUAUGGGACAGAGGCCUCCUUAAUGGAGCAUCACAGAAGGCCGAGGUGAUAGUGAACUACCACGUAGGAGAGACGGUGCUGUCCCUCCAGAAAACCACUCUGAUCCCCGGAGGGUCUGAGUCCAUGGUCUACACCACUCUGUCCGGAGGCAUCGGCAUUCUGGUCCCAUUCACCUCACACGAGGACCAUGACUUCUUCCAGCAUUUAGAGAUGCAUAUGCGCUCUGAGUUUCCUCCGCUGUGCGGCAGAGAUCAUCUCAGCUUCAGAUCCUACUACUUCCCCGUCAAGAAUGUGAUUGAUGGAGAUCUGUGUGAGCAGUUUAACAGCAUGGACCCUCACAAGCAGAAAAGUGUGGCAGAAGAGCUGGACAGAACGCCGCCGGAGGUCUCUAAGAAACUGGAGGACAUUCGCACUCGUUACGCUUUCUAAUCGUUCACCUACGUGCAGCAGGAGUGUACAGAGACGCUCUCAUUAGGACCAUUAACACACAAAUCCGUCACCGCCACAGUAUGCGUCUGUUGAGGACAGAUUGGCGGACACUGUAGGUUGUGUUGUGUGGUUGACUGGGGACAGACACACACUUCUUUACAUGGAAACACGUCAUAUGCUUAUAAUUCCCGUACAUUGAUACUUGCCGACGCAAAUACCUGCAUUUGAAACUAAAAGGGCGUGAACAUUUACCCACAGAGCUGUGUGAACAGUAUUCCCGUCACACACAACCCCCAACGUACACACAUGCUGACUCAGUUACUGAGAAUUUUGUCAAGUUUUUCACACCUCCCCUGAGCUGCUGUCAGCAGAAAACAAACACAAAGCAGCAACAUCAUUACAGAGAAACAUGGCAGGAAGUCCCGGCCACUUCAGCUCUGUUAAGUUGCGAGACUGCGAUGCCACAAUUACCUGCAGUCACACACACACACACACACACACAGACCCAGCCGUGUGAACAGAAUUCACACACACACACACACACACACAACUGAUGGGCCACAGUCACAAACAGCCGUGUGAACAGCAUUCACAUGCACCUGAUUACGUGACGAGCCACUGACGCACAACAGAACAUACAGAACAUACUGACCCGUCUCACCUGUCGUCAUCCGUCAGCGAGCGACUCCAUUUUAUUUAAAGGCUUUUUAGCUCAUGCCAAGCAGACAGUCUAGUGUCACACAGUGAGUACGUUUACACGCACAAAAUAGUUCAGUUUUUGCCAUUAUUCCGAGAAAAAAACCCAUUAUUCCUACCAAACUGUUUACACGGCCAAUGAAAAUAAACACUCCUGCAGCUGCACGUUCUCCAAAUAACGUGCCCGACAUGCCGUUUAUCACGCCAAAAUAUGGAAGAGUGGAAGUGGAGCUGCUUGUCAUUGUGCUUCUUUGCAUUAAAAUGGCAUUUUUUCGGUUUCCGUGGGAUUUUUUUUUUGUCAUGCAUCUCUACCCCACACAGCCUGGCACACUGUUGGCAAGUUGGUUUGUGAACAACAUGACGAUGCACAGAGCCGACUGUGGAGAUAAGAGGUCGCAAGCGUAGUAAAAAACCCAACUGAUAUUCCGAAUUGGCUGCAUACGUUGCCUAAUUCUGAAUAUUUGUUUAUAUGACCCGUAUCAAAUUCAGAAUAAUGAAACUUUCGGAAUAACGGGGAACUGUUGGUGUGCAUGUAACUGUAGUCAGUGUGUAGAGAUUGAUGUCACUCUGCCUGGACAGAAGACGUUUAGUGUCUGCUAUCGAGCGAGAAUGUGUUUUUCGGUUUGCGUGCCCUCUAUUUUGUGAACUCAGCUAAAUUAAACCAACAUGUUUUUGUACGGUAUGAUUUUUUAAAAAUGUGUUUAGGAUGAUCUGUUAAUGAUGCAUAUACCAUAAUAUGGUAUUAUUAAAUCUAUACCUCCUUGUCCUACCUGUCUGUCUGUUGACCCCAGGCUCAUUAAAGCACAUCGCUUCCUUACAACUGAAAUGAAGCCAAUGUCCGAGCCGGUCUGAGCCUCAGGCCGCGGUUCAACAAGUGCUGCCAUACUGCUGCAUUAAACGACGGCUGAACUCAGACUAAAUAAGUGGGUGGAAGAACACCGAAGGUUUGCACUGGGUGUUGUUCUUCUCAGUCCUGUAAAUUCCCAACCUCAGCCACAGGCACAGACAUAGCAUUCCUCAGUAGUCACUGAAUUUAGGGGUUUGUGGGAUGGGGGCAGUGGUCUGUUUUUGUAAAUAAAGUUGUUGUUUUUUGUGCUUUAUAA